AUGUCGAAAUUAUUUAAUCUUAUUCAUGAUUCUGAUGAUUCAGAUAUUCAUUCAAAUUGUACAGAAUCUUUUUACAAAGAUAGUGUAAUCGAAGAAAUAAAAUCUAAUCGUGUAGAUGAUGAUUUAAAACAAAAUAUGUUUGAUAUGUUGAGGAAAUUUGAACAAGAAAAUGAUGAGAUGGCAAGAGAAGCAAUGGAGCAAGAUGACGAAGAUACAAUUGACGAUUUUGCAGAACGAUUUAAAAAUUUAGAUCUUGAUUCCGCUGAUGUUGAAACAAUUUUGGAUAAAUUGACACCAGCAGAACGAAAAGAUUUUGAACAAAAAUAUCUUAAAGGAAGAUCAGAAAAUCUUUUGGAACUUGCAGAUGAACUACAAUUAUGGAAACCAUGGUGGGAAUUAUCAACAGAAUAUAAUAAUCGUAGAAAAAAAAGUACAUCAUUAAAAAUAAUUGAAUUGGAUGAAAGCGAAGAUGACUUUGAUUAUGAUAGCGAUGAUAGUAGCGGUUAUUUUGCCAAUCGACCUCCAAUCUUAACAGAUAUUAAAAGUUUAGAGGAUUUAACUAAAACAUCUCCGAAUCCUGUUAUAUCUUUAAAUUUGUUAAAUAUAUUAUAUGCUUAUGCAUAUGCUUGUCGUACUUUUAAUGGAGAUAUCUUUGAAAUUCCGGAAGAAUCAUGUAAAGUAUUAUGGGAUUUAUCUCCUAUAUUAGCUACUAAAGAGAAUUUGGCAUAUGAAAGUAUUUCUCAAGCUAUUGCUGCAAGUUCCUCAUUAAUUGUUCAGAAUCCUAUUUAUAAUCAACCACAUGAAUUUUCAUUUCUUAUUUUAGAUGAUAUCAUCAAUUUACUUUCAUCAACUAGUAAUAUCUUGGCAGCUUUAUCCGAUUUAUAUAGAUUGUUUCAACUUGUUGGAAAAGCAAAAUCCAAAAAAGGAAAAAUUAAUCAAAAAGCAUUUCUUACGGAAAAGAAAAUUUAUUUUUAUAUAGUGUAUGUCAAUUAUUUAUCUCAACAAUUAGGCUCAACUUUUCUAGAGGCUUUAAAAGAUGGUGUAGAAUUAGAAAAACAAGAACAGUUAAAAGAAGUAAAGGAAUAUAAGAAAGAUCAAAAAAAUAUUGAAUCAUUUAUGAAAAAUAAUGAACAAAAUGUUAGUGAUUUUACUAAUUUAAUUGAAGAACUUCAAUAA